GCUUUGCCGGGGAGACGAUGACGUCCACUUCGCGCCAUGGCGGCUACGACGAUGGCUCACCCACUGCCGUCUUUCGUCGUACGCUCCAUCUACCAACCUUGACGCCUCCACUGCGUCUGACGCUUCUCGGUGCCGACUCCUCUUCCAGCGUCAACUUCUCAUCAUCAACAUCUCGCGUCUGGUCCUCGACGCAUCCUCUCCCGCGUCACCUGCCCUACUUAACCCAGCUGCGACUCAAGACCCUCCUCGCCCUCUCGCCGAAACAUCCCUUCGAGGAGCUCCCCGCCCUUCAAAGCUGGGCAGAAUUGCAGCAAGUCAAAGUCCACUGGAUUCAAGUCCCCAAAUGGAAGGAAAGCGGCCCCUCUUCCCUUACUCGUCCAAUGGUCGAGGAAGCCCUCGCUCACCUCGUGGACGUCCAGGCCUCCCCUCUCCUUGUGAUAGCGACGGCCCCUCAGCUCCUCGCCGCAGUGCUCGGCAUCCUGCGUCUGGUACAGGGCCACUCACUAGAACCUGCGACGAGUGGCAUCCUGCCGGAAAUGGGGAGAGCGCUGCGCAUAGGAUUGGAGGGAGAGGCAGAGGAGGACGAUCGCGUUGCGUGUGAGAAGUGGGUGAAAGGGUGGGUUGGCAAGGAGAUGAGCUUGGGUGUGAGGGCGAGUAGCGUGCAUGAAUGGGUGUGGCCGGCAGGAACGGCUUUGAGUCUAUUGAGGCAGCCGAGACGUAAUCGUGGAGCAUCGCAUACGAGCGGGGCAAGAGCUGCUUCGCCGAAUGGUGAGCACGGUCAGGAGGCUGCGGCGUCGAGCUCUCAUGGCGUGCCACGCGCUCCGCAUCGCGCUAGUACGCUGGCUGCACCAUCAAUGGCUGGCGCUUCAUCAUCAUCAGGCAGCCCGCCCCCACCGCUAGUGGUGCAUCCUUUCCUCAAGCUCAAAUUCCUGCCAGAGGAUGAGGGGAUGGAGGCCACAACGAUGCACGUGUCCGGUGCGACGGCUUCACAAAUCGAGGGGAACGAAGGAGGUGUUUCACUUGCCGCAGAAGAAAGUCAAGCGGAGAUUAGUGCGCCAUCACCUUCCCAGUCGACAACAGCAGCCACCACAAACACAGGACCUCUCCCUAUCCCGCGAGCACCACCGCCCACUAGCACAGCGUCCGCCAGCACCAGCGGCCCAUCUUCAGCGCCCUCCUCUUCCGCUUCCUCCCCUGACUCUUCCAACGCUCCACUCCCGCCAGCUUCGGGCCGUCGUACACACGGGCGGAAACGCAGUCUGACCAUCUCAGAGGGUCGCUCGGCCGCAGGUUCAGCAGCAGAAGCCCACGCCGGGCUGAUGACAGAAGCGGCCGCCGCUGCUGCCAUCACCUGCUCUGGAAUUGACAUUGACGGUGGAGGCGCAGCGAGAGCUUUGAGACUCGGGUCUACUCAAGCGGAGGAUGGUGCCACGGAGAGCCCCGACUUGGAGAUGGCGCAGCGUUUGAGACCUACUUCACUUCCAGCAUCAAAGACCUCUCCUGCAGCACGAAAAGGAGGUCCAUUUGGGGCGGCGAGCAACAGUUUCACCUUCGGCGGGCGUGACCCACGCUGUUCUGCUCCGGAUCGCAGGCCAGACCUAGCCUUUCUGGAUGUGGCUCGCCCUCCCCUUGCCUCCGGCCCUCCUGGUGGUCACGCAGACGAGGAGCUCGAUGAGGACGGGUUUCCCCUGCCUCGCACUCCUACGCAGAUGAACCGAUCGCCCAGCGGAGGUUCGCCACGUCCGGACCAUCGCAGAGAUACGAGGAGGGGCAGUGCCGAUGGCGGACUAGGGUCGCAGGAUAUGACACCCACGGCAUCGCGGACGACUAGUGCGGCUCAGUCGACGGAGAAUGUACCCGCUUCUGCCGCUACGGCGCUUUGGAGACGAAGAAGGCGAUCAUCGGGAACGACGGGAGUGGCUGCGUCGAACACUCCUUCGCCUUUGACGACCAGCGCUGUCAAGCAAGAAGAGGAGCAGAGCAACGCGACUUCCUUAGGCUCGACGCUGGGACAACCGGCGACUCCUCGUCCCUCCCUCGCGCGUAAUGGGCCCAGCCCGAAUCGCACGGCGACCGUUGCCCAGCUGGGAAGCGAGACGGGCGAGGACGAGGACGAGGAAGAUGAACGUCACCUCACCCCCAAGGCUCAGGCGAGGGCCAAUCCGCUGAGUGCUGAUGCUGUCCCUCCGCAGUCUGGGGCAGCACUGCAGGAGGAGAGCAUGCGGAAGGGAGAGAAUGACAGCGAAGCUAAUGAGCCGCAACUGCGAGGGCAGGGCAGCAAGGCACUGGCUUCGCCGAUGCUUCGCCACGAGGACGACGCUGGUCGCAAAGCAGAUCAACAUACUGUACCGCGGACAACUUCCCCGUACGUCGCACAGCGCUCGCUCCAGGGCGCCGAAGAUGGGACCGAAGGCGAAGAAGGCGACGCAACGAUCCGUGCCGACCCUCUCGCGCCAGGACGCGUACGAUCGUCCCAGAGGCAGGAGGGCCAGGGAGAGGCAAGCACUCGCACUGCGACUUUGGCCGCUGCUACUGCCCCUUCUAUGCUCGAUGCGACUAGAGCGAGACAAGCUGCUGGUCAAAAAGAGAUGCGGGAGGAGGUCGGGGAUGAGGACGAGGAUGAGGACGAGGAGCAGGAGGAAGAGGAUGAAGAGGAAGAGGAUGAGGAUGAGGACGAGGAUGAAGAGGACUCGUCGCAUCCUAUCUCUGCCGGAUUGGAGGCCCUUGACCUCGCGUAGUAAAGAAGGGGAAUGAGGAGGAGAGGGUUCGGUUGGACAGGACGACGUCCUGCCCAACGCGUGACGUGACAACCAUUCAUGUACUUGUAGCAUUGCCGCUCGCACUUCGAAAUAUCAAUUCUGAGCCCGCACCUUUCGUAGAGGAAGAGCAGCACGGCCUGUCAGCGGCGAG